AAUUCCAAAUCCCGUGCUGCCAUGGCUCCAAGCUGCCGAUUCUUCUGGGCAUGGUGGCUACCGCUGAUGCUGACCAUCGCGGCGGCCAACGAGCAAGCGGAAGGCUGCUCGGCAAAGAGCUGCGGCAACCUUACCAUCUCCUACCCAUUCUGGCUCCUUGACAUGGAGACGGGAAGAUCAUGUGGUUCCCCAUACUUCGAAGCCGCUUGCGUUAACAACACUCCAAUCCUACGGAGCUCUGUGCCUGUGGCCUACGGCAUAGCAAUUAUCGACAUCGACUAUGAGGAACGCCGGUUGCAUGUGGUUGAUCAAGGCAAGCUGAAUAUAUUGCAAGACUCCGACAGCUGCCCAGCCUGGAGCAUGAACACCUCCAUCAAAUUAGGCCUCCCAUUUAGGAUUUACGCCAACAACAAGAACCUCGUCUUCUAUAACUGCAUAAGUGCAGCAGCAGCACGCAGAGAUAGCUCGCUGGUGGAGAUGAGAUGCGGAAACAAGAACAUUUUUGUCCGUGGGGGAGUGCUUUACGAUGAGACGGGUGACUAUGCCGGAUACUCUAUCGAGGGCUGCAACGCUACCGUUGUGCCGGUGUUGGGCACGUCCAGCGCGGCGAAAGCGAGCAACUACGAGCAGCUCAUCAACGAUGGCUUCCUCGUGACAUGGCAACAGCCGCCUGGUAAUGGUAAGACUGGCAGGAAGAUAAUACUAAUAGUUUUGACAUCAGCAGCUGCAGCCUUGCUCUUUCCAUGUAUUUAUUUCCUGAUAUGGCAUAGAAAGGGCAAACAACUAUGGUUUCUCCUCUGCAAAAAGACCAGGAGCAGCACUGAAAGGAAUUAUGAGGCCAUGAUAGUAUCUUAUGGAUCCCUAGUGCCAAAAAGAUACAUGUACUCAGAGGUAAUGAAGAUAACAUCUUCUCGCAAUGAUCAGCUUGGAAAAGGUGGCUAUGGUGUGGUUUUCAAAGGAAGACUACAUGAUGGUCAUCUGGUUGCUGUGAAAUUUUUGCAUGACUGCAAAGGAAAUGGGGAUGAGUUUGUGAAUGAGGUUAUGAGCAUUGGCAGGACCUCUCACAUUAAUGUUGUUAGCUUAUUUGGGUUUUGCUUGGAGGGAUCAAAACGAGCACUUAUAUACGAGUACAUGUCCAAUGGUUCAUUGGAUAAGUACAUAUACUCCCAGAACCCCAAAGAAAUUUUAGGAUGGGAGAGACUCUAUGCGAUAGCAAUUGGGAUUGCUCGUGGCCUAGAAUACUUGCACCAUAGUUGUAAUACACGGAUUGUGCAUUUCGAUAUCAAGCCUCAAAAUAUCCUUCUAGACAAGAAUUUCUGCCCAAAGAUUGCCGAUUUUGGUCUAGCUAAAUUGUGUCGUACAAAGGAGAGCAAGCUUUCAAUGAAUGGUGCUAGAGGAACAAUUGGAUUUAUCGCUCCAGAAGUUCACUCUCGAACGUUCGGAGUUGUUUCAACAAAGUCAGAUGUUUAUAGUUAUGGAAUGAUGUUGUUAGAGAUGGUUGGGGGCAGGAAAAAUGUGAACUCAGUGGCUGAAAAAUCCAGCGAACAAUAUUUUCCAGACUGGAUUUAUAAUCACUUUGCGCAAGAUGAUGGAUUACAAGCAUGUGAUGUCACAAGUGAAAUCGAAGAAAUGGCAAGAAAGAUGACCUUGAUUGGCUUGUGGUGCAUACAAAUAUUACCUAUUUAUCGCCCUACUAUAACCAAAGUUCUAGAAAUGUUCGAGAGAAGCUUAGAUGAAAUGGAGAUGCCACCGAAGCAAAACUUCUGUGAAAUACUUGAAGAUUCAGCUCACAAUAUGAGUGUACAAAGUGCAAGUUCUACCACUCCUGAAGACAUAAGCCUUGUGAAUUCAAAAAGCCUUCAAUAGUUGAAUCUUUUAGGAGGUUGGCUCCAUGUACUAUAUUCAGACAUUAGACAAAUGUAAUGAAGUUAAACUUUGUAUCAUAAAACUUAGUCCAUGUAUAUACGUACUAGAUUAAGGGUGGCUCUACGGAUAAAUGAACAUUAAAGUUCCAUUUUUGUCCAAGUUAGAAGAAUAUUACUUCAUCAGAUGGAGCAUAUAAAGAUUACCACAUCAUUA